AUCGUUUCACUGCCGCAGGAGAUCGUCGUCUUCCUCGCUCGAGAGAGAGCAUUCUGGAAAUGGCGUCUCUAAGUUCAAACUCGAAGAAUUCAGGUGGAGGCGGAGGCGGACGAACCGCAGGCGUGUGUAUGAUGAGCAGCAAAUGGAGAGACGAACAAACUCCGUCGUACAUCGAUUUCGUGUCGUCGUUUCUUAACGCGAGUUCCUUCCGUCUCAACUUCGUUCCGAUUGCUCCAGAUCUCAUUUUCAACUGUGGAGGUCUUUCAGUGGCGUUCAUCUUCGUUACUAACUGGGAUUGCAGCAACACCGAUCUAGUCUUCAACAGAGUUCAGAAGCUGAAGGCGCGUUUCGCAAACCUGUAUGUUGUUGUGUGCUUACCCACGAAGGAGAAGAAUGAUUCAUUUGUGCGCUCUUACUUCAAAUGUGGGAUGGAGAUUGGCCGGCCACCAUUUGUGCCAGUUCAGGACUUGGAGAUGGGGUUUGAGAAGAUGGUCAAGAUAGCACAUUCACGUGGGGCAUGCAAGCAGCAGGAUGUUACCUCAACAAUGAAAGCUGAGAGGCUGGGAUCGGUGCAAACGUUGGAGAAUUUCAUUAAAGCGAUCACUUCAAUACCAGGCAUCGACAGCCACGACGCGAAUAUGCUGAAUCAAGGUAUAGGUUCGAUUGAAGCCGUUGCUAAGGCGACCAAGGAAAGCAUCUUGGAGAAGACUGGCAUUUCCCCUGACAAGGCUGAGACCAUCGUAAGGUUCUUCAGGGAUCCCAAGUUUUACCUCUCGCCAAAGCUCACCAAGUAAAGCUGUUGUGAAGGGCCGGGGAUCUUACUUGUGGCGUUUUCGCAGUAAUGGCGGAAGAAAGAGCAGAGGUGGCGGGAAGUUCAGUUUCUCAACCUUUAAAACCUUCUUCUUCGUCGUCAUCAUCAGUUUCUCAGCCUUCGUGGUUCACUCCAAAAAGGUUGCUGGUAAUCUUUUGUGUGGUCAACUUGAUAAAUUAUAUGGAGAGAGGAGCGAUGGCAAGUAAUGGGGUAAAUGGGAGCCCCAAGACUUGCACGUCGAAUGGUACGUGCACUGCUGGCACUGGAAUACAAGGGGAGUUCAACUUGAGCAAUUUUGAAGAUGGAGCACUAUCUUCUGCUUUCGUGGUCGGCCUUCUUAUUGGUUGUCCGAUAUUUGCCUCUCUGUCAAAGAGCUAUAACCCCUUCAGGCUCAUAGGAUUUGGAUUAUCAGUCUGGAUGCUUGCAGUCAUUGGUUGUGGGUUGUCUUUCAGUUUCUGGUUCAUUGCAAUCUGCCGCAUGGUAGUUGGGAUUGGGGAAGCUUCUUUUGUAAGUCUAGCGGCCCCUUUCAUUGAUGAUAAUGCCCCAGCCAAACAGAGAACUGCAUGGCUGGGAAUAUUCUAUAUGUGUAUAUCAACUGGAUAUGCUAUUGGCUACGUAUAUGGAGGACUGGUUGGUGAUCACUUGAAAUGGCGCUAUGCAUUCUUUGGAGUGGCAAUUUUGAUGUUUCCAUUUAUUGUUUUGGGUUGGAUUAUAAAGCCUUUGCAAUUGAAAGGUUUUACUCAUGCUGACCGAACGAAAGCAGCGACUUCAGUGACAACUGUAUCAGAUGCUCAAGGUUUGGAAGUUUCGGCUGCCAAGGCUGGCAGUUUGACUUUAAAAGAACAAUUCGGUCAGGAAACCCCAAAGAGUUCUUCCAUUUCAGAACCUGCGUCACAUAAGAUGAAUCAAUGGUCAAGAUUCCUCAAAGAUAUGAAAGAUCUUCUGCGUGAGAAGAUUUUUAUUGUCAGCGUUCUGGGCUACACAGCCUACAAUUUCGUCAUUGGUGCAUACUCUUACUGGGGUCCGAAAGCUGGUCGCAACAUCUAUAAUAUGGAAAAUGCAGAUAUGAUCUUUGGCGGGGUUACAAUUAUCUGUGGGAUACUAGGAACUCUUGCUGGAGGUUAUCUUCUAGAUUACCUAACCAGCACUAUCCGUAAUGCCUUCAAGCUUCUUACAGGUGCGGUACUAGCCGGAGCCAUCUUUUGCUUCAGCGCUUUCUGCUUCAAGAACAUGUACGGUUUCCUUGUCUUUUUUGGAAUUGGUGAAAUCCUCGUGUUUGCAACUCAGGCUCCAGUGAACUACGUCUGCCUUCACUGCGUAAAACCGAGUCUAAGACCAUUGUCGAUGGCCAUUUCCACCGUCGCGAUUCACUUAUUUGGUGACGUGCCUUCCUCCCCCCUUGUCGGUCUCCUCCAAGACCAGAUACACAGCUGGAGGAAGACUAGUCUUAUCUUGACUUCCUUCUUGUUCCUGGCAGCUGCAUUUUGGUUCAUAGGGGUGUUCAUGAAAAGCGUUGAUAGGUAUAACGAUGAAGAGAGCAACGAGAAUGCAUCAGAAUCGGCUGCUGAAGGCGAUACGAGAACAGGAGCUUUGCCAGAAGGGAAAGACUGACCCGUCGAGGAUUGAGGACUUCUGAGUUUUGCUCAAAAACAUGUAAAGAAAGAACCAACUUUUCUUGUUUGCUGUUGAUUUUCUCUUACAGGUUGGUUUGGUGAAUCCAUGAACUAGCGUGGACUAUAUAGAGGUGAUGCAUUUGUUUAUGUAAAUAGUAGCAAGUAUAUGGUUAAUAAUGCUGAUGAAUGAUGAUGAAGUAGAAUGGUUUUAAGUCUUGAUUUCUUGUAUCCAUGAAGGAAAUUCUGAAGGU